GGCUGCUUUCUCGGAGAGUGGUGCGGUAAUCUGUCCCUUCCCAAGGGCACUAAGCUGCGAGCGAGGGAGCCUCACGGAUGUCAAACUCCCGCCCCACGAACGCAGCCCCCGGCCGGGCCCCCCUGCAGUGCGAGGCAGGCCCGCCGCCGCCAGCCCCCGCUCCUUAGGGACACCCGCGCUUCUGGACAUGGCUCCGCCACCCCCUGAGCAGUUCCAGCACCGCCAUCCUUCCCCCUGCCGUGCCCCUGCGGAGGACAGGGUGUCCCGUACUCACAGCUCCCCGCCAGACCUAUAUCUCUUCUCAGCGCUCUGUUACAAACAGCCGCUGUUGCCAACCAGACCUUUCCGCUUCCGGCCCCGCUCUGCCACGCUGCCUGCUGGGAGCUGUAGUUCAGUGGCAGCUCACAGCCGCCGUGCUGCGCGCUCUGUGCUUCCGACCCGCUCACCGCGGGCCGUGGCUGGGCUGGUGGUGGCGAGCGCUGCUGGGAAUAGCCGUGGGAGGAAGUCUGAGGCGGCAGCAUGAAGAGGAGAGCAGGGGAGCGGGAGAAAAAACUGAAGAAAAAAAGGCUUCUUGAAGAACUUGGAAAGAACAGACUUCCAUAUAUGACACCAGUCGAUGCUGAUUUCCAUCAGUUGUGGAAGUCCAAAUAUUCCAAGCUGAUUUUCAGAAAAUCUGACACAGUGCCUGAAGAGCUCCAUCAGAUGGUACAAGAAGGAUUUCUGACCUUGCGAGAACAUGAUUGUUUCUUUCAAGAUCUUGUAAGGAUCAAAGAAAAAGAUUUUGUUACCCCAGUGUCUCGUAUAUUAAUUGGAAACCCAGGAUGCACAUACAAGUACUUGAACACAAGAUUAUUUACAGUUCCUUGGCCUACUGAGGGUUAUGAUAUAAAAUAUUGCAGUCCUCAAAUACAUGAUGCUUGUAAAGCAUUAAUCAGACUUAAUGACUACUUGCAUAUUGAAGCAGUUAAGGCAUUGCAAAAUUUUGUUGAGACCAAAGAAAUUAGCGAUACCACUGUAAUAGAUAGGGAGCAAAAUUUUGCUACUUGUCUUACAGAGAAAGGGUCUGUUUCAAAAGAUCAAAGCAGUUGUUGUGUGCAAGCGGAUAACUACAUGAGUCUAAAGAACAGAACAUCUUAUAAUGUGACUUUAUUGAAUUAUAUGGAUCCACUACAAAUGCUGUAUUUGAAACAAGAACCUUAUUUUGGAAUGGGGGUCAUGGCAGUGAGCUGGCAUCAUGACGAGAAUCUAGUUGAAAGGUCAACGGUUGCAGUGUACAGUUACAGCUGUGAAGGUUCAGUUGUGGCAGAAAGUGAUGAACAAAUACUGAAGGGAAGAGACCCAGCUGUUUGGCACGUAGGCUUGAAGGUAGCAUGGGACAUAGAGACACCUGGUUUAGCAAUGCCACUUCACCAAGGAGACUGCUACUUGAUGCUUGAUGACCUCAAUAUGACACAUCAGCACUGUGUUCUGGCUGGCUUUUCACCUCGAUUUAGCUCAACUCACAGAGUGGCAGAGUGUUCAAGAGGAACAUUGGAAUACAUAUUUGGACAAUGUGAACUGGCACUCCAGAAUUUGCAGACUGACCUGGAUUCAAUGGCUUUAUCUUUGAAAUCACUGGAAACUGCUGUUAUAAAGCAAGCAGAAGAAAUACAUAAUGAGGUUGAAUUUGAGUGGCUUAGGCAGUUUUGGUUUCAAGGCAAGCGGUAUUUGAAGUGCACCGAUUGGUGGCUUAAGCCUAUUGCUAAGUUAGAAGAAUUUUGGAGAAAAAUGGAGAUUAUGACAAGCCUGGUUCUCUCUGAAUUUCGAAAAGAGGAAAGAAUUGAGAAACAAAGGAGUAAAACAAUCAAGUGUUUCUUGGUAGUUCUGACAGAGCGACAAAGACUGCGUAAGGAGUGGACAGCAAGGUGCCAGUCAGAAGCAGCCGAGAGCUUGCCAGAAGACCAGAAACCAGAAUGCCACCCCUUCUGGACAGAUGAUGAAUGUAAUAUGUCUCUGCCAUAUGAUCUUGAAGAAGUAAUUGCUGAUCUACAAAAUCUUGUUCAGUGGGUAGAAUAA